AUGGUCAGCCCCCAAGCAUACAAAGCAAAACUCAUGCUUAUCGAAAUCGGAGAGGAUCCUCUCACAGGGAGGAACACAACUCCGAUCCGAGUCAGUCAUGUCUCAGCGGUUCUCAGUUUCUCGGAGUGUUCUCUGCGUCAGUAUCACUUUGUGAACCGAGUGAUGUCAUGGGGUGAAGCUCAGAGAUACUGCAGAGAGAAUCACACAGAUCUGACCACCGUCAACAACAUGAUUGACCUGAAGAACAUCAUGAACACUGUCAACAAUCAGACUGUAUGGAUUGGGCUGCACAAGAUGAAUAACAUUACAUGGAGAUGGUCGCUGGGAGACCCAGCGUUUUACAUCGAUGAACACAAGACGUGGCAUCAAGCUCAGAGCUACUGCAGAGAGAAUCACACAGAUCUGGCCAGUGUGAGGAACAUCACUGAAAAUGAGAAGAUUAGGAAUCUCACAAAAAAUCAUAAAGCCUGGAUUGGUCUGUUCAGAGACUCAUGGGUGUGGUCAGAUAACAGUUCCUCCUCAUUCAGAAACUGGAACAUUGAUGAACCCAAUUUCCCUGGCGUUGAAAACUGCACAAGUCUGACGACAAAAGGAACCUGGAUAAACAGUAAAUGUGAAGAUAAAUUUCCUUUUGUGUGUCAUAACGAUAAGUUGGUUUUGUUCCGAGAGAAUGGGACGGGCGCUCUGGAACACUGCAGGAGCAUUCAGAUGGAUCUGGUGUGUGUGGAAUCAGAGGAGAUUCAGCGUGGUGUGAUGAACGUGAUGAAAGACACCUCCACCUCUGAGGUUUGGUUGGGUUUACGUCACUCUUGUGUCGUGGGCAUCUGGUUCUGGGUGAGUGGAGAGAUCAUGUGUUAUCAGAAGUGGGCUGAAGGGAACGGGACGGGUGAAGAGGACUGCAGUGACGGCGGGCGAGCGGCGGCCAUUCAGACGGGACCGGAUCACACCUGGAUCAGUCUUCCUGGAUCUCGCUAA